GGUAUAGCCCACUGUCAUAUUGAUAUCAGCCAUCUUAAACUUUGAUACGAAAAAUCAUACAUUGUAAUCUUGGAAGCCCACACCAGUUAUGACAGAAAGCAGAACGCAUAAAUAUUUCGAUCGUAAAUCUUCAGAGUGGAAUAUAACCGGAUUUCUGGAAGAAUGUGAGGUAGAAUCACUUGAGCUAAAAAUAGAUCGCUACCUAAAAAGCCUCGAGGAUAUUAUUAAAUACGAACAAGGGAACAGGUUUCAAAGGGCACAAACCCUUCUUGAUAGAUAUAGAGAGGGUACUCGACCGGAUCGCCAAGUUGCAAGAAAAUGGGAAGAUGGACGCAAAUCAGAUAGAACGAUUGGUGGAUCUUCAAUUUACUUUCACAACUCAACAAUUACAGGGAACGCUAUGAUUAAUAACUCCGGAACUAUCAAUGAAAGAAACCGGGAAAGAGAUCAGGAGAAAUCAGCAUCGGAAGAUCCUAAAAAAUCCAAAAAACGACAAGCUGAAGAAACUUCUCCUGUUAUGACACCUCCUCCCAACAUUCGCAAUCGUUCUCCACCUCCAUCUUAUUACAGCGGGAAUAAUUCUUUAAAUGAUUACGAGAUUGCGGAUGCAACUGAGGCCUCUCCAAAGACGAAUUAUCGUAACGAGUCCAAUGUAGAGAUAACACGUAAAGAAGAUGACAAUCCUUUUGACGCAAGGACAGAUGAGGGUUCAACGAAAUAUAAAGUCGUCUUAUCAUGGAGACAUGCAAUCAAUAAUAUGGUCAUAAAUAAUUGGGUAACACGGGAUGGACACAACAUCUCCAUCGACUUUCGUAAUUUUCAGUUAAAGUCAAUUGAAAAAUUAGAAGUCAAUCAAACUUUAUCAUACGCGAAAGAAAUUGAUUUGAUAUUAUGUCUAUCGUCAAUUAUGUAUUGCAACCAGAAUAUGUUGAAUGCACCGAAAAGACAUGGAAUGAAGCUCUCCCAAGAUCAUUAAUUCCGAAGGAGUUGCCAACAGUUGCUGACUUAGUAAUAAUUGAAUACAACAGG